AUGAGCUUCCAAGUUUUGACCAAAAGUGCUUCCAAAAGACUGGCCAUGUGGACCAAAUUUCGUUCAAUGUCAACUGUUGUGGGGGAUAUGCUGAAGACAGACCUAGCCAAUUCAAGAGACGCUUUGGCCAGCUCUUCAAAAAAAGGUUUUGAGGCAACAAAAAGACAAUCUGUAUUACAAUUAGCAAGAUCUCUCAAAUCCCCGAGAACCGACUGGACCAAAGAAGAAUUGCGUGAAAUCUACAAUACUCCUCUGCUGGAGCUGCUUCACCAGGCCCAGUUGCACCAUCGUGAUUUCCAUGAUCCACAGGAAGUCCAAAUUUGUACCUUACUAAGUAUUAAAACUGGUGGAUGUACUGAGGAUUGCAAGUACUGUGCGCAGUCCUCCAGAUACGACACUGGCCUUAAAGCUGAGAAACUCAUUCAACUUGAAGAUGUCGUGAAAGCUGCUGUGGAGGCUAAAGAAAACGGAGCCACCAGAUUUUGUAUGGGGGCAGCCUGGAGAGACAUGAAGGGUCGCAAAAGUGGCAUCAGGAAGAUUGGAGAAAUGGUUAAAGAAGUCAAUAAACUAGGUCUGGAAACGUGUGUUACUCUGGGAAUGGUGGAUGAAGAGCAGGCUGUGACCUUGAAAGAAGCAGGACUUACCGCAUAUAACCACAAUAUUGACACUUCUAGAGAGCACUACCCCAAAGUCAUCUCCACCAGAACCUAUGAUGAUAGACUGCAAACCAUAAAGAAUGUGCAAAAGUCAGGCCUUAAAGCUUGUACUGGUGGAAUCCUUGGUUUGGGGGAAACUCGUGAGGAUCACAUCGGUUUUCUCUUCACUCUGGCUACAAUGGAUUCGCAUCCCGAAUCUCUUCCAAUCAACAUGCUAGUACCUAUUCGUGGUACCCCAAUGGCUGAGGAAUUAACCAAGAAAAACUCCAUAAAGCUGGAGUUUGAUUCUGUUUUGAGGACUGUUGCUACUGCCAGACUGGUAAUGCCUAAAAGCAUCAUCAGGUUGGCUGCUGGAAGAUAUACCAUGAAAGAAACAGAGCAGUUCCUUUGCUUUAUGGCUGGUUGUAAUGCGAUUUUUAGUGGAAAAAAGAUGUUAACCACUAUGUGCAAUGGCUGGGACGAGGAUAAGGCAAUGCUUGAAAAAUGGGGGCUUAAGCCAAUGAAAAGUUUCAAGAAACACAGUUCCAAUUUAUCACUUGUCUAG